AUGUCAACUGAUUAUUUGGAUUACAAUGGUUACGCAUUAUAUAGGGAUCAAAUCCCAAAUUUUGGUGAUUAUAAAGGUAGUGAUGAAGAUAUUGUUCAUUUCCUCACUACCGUACGUAUUGAAGAAAAUAUAAAACAAAGUAUUUCUUCUUAUUGUAGGAUUAUAAAAAAAUAUAUUGGCAGUGUUAAGGAGAUUAAUUUAAAUGAUAACUAUAUAUGUGGCAAUUGUAUUAAGUACUAUAUAAAAUCAAAAAUAGAAGAAGACCAUAAUGAAAAUGCUAAAAGUAUAUUUAUUUAUUUGAAUAAAUAUAUUAAUACUCUUAACUCUGAUCUAUUUGCAAAGGAAUGUACUUUUGAAUUUGAACUUGAUGAUGAUAAUAAAUAUGAAAAAAUAAAAAAUCUUUAUAAUAUAUAUAACAUAUAUUGGCUUAUAAAUAAUGGGAUCAGAAAUAGGUAUCCUAAUGAAUUAAUAUGUCCUAAUAUAAAAACUUUAAUUGAAAAAUAUAAUACUCUCAUAAGAAUGAUUAAUGAUUCCGGAAAUAUUGAUAUACGUAAUAAAUUAUAUCAUAUUAGAUGUAUAUUUGAAAGUAAUAAUUCGUUAUCCCACAUAAGCUGCAGCAGAAAUUUUGAAGAUAGAGAUGGCGUAAAUGAAUUCAAAGCUUACAAAACUUUUUGCAAGACAGAGAGGCCAUCAAAUAAAGAACUUGCACAGAUGACGCAUUCAGAAGGGGGAAAUUUACAGAUGACAGAUUCAAGAGGAGGAAAUUUACAGAUGACAGAUUCAGGAGGGGGAAAUUUACAGACAAGGGAUUUAGAGAGAGAUACUCUUAAAAUUUUUGCUAGAAAAAAUACAAAUAAAAAUAUUAUAAUAACAACAGUUAUUGUUAUGAUAUAUAGGGAAUCUUUAAAGAAAUUACGCCUUAUUGAGCAAAGAAAGAUGAGAAAGGCAAUGAAUAUGGAUGACAAGCAAUGCGAACACAUGACAUGCAAAUAUAAAAGAGAUGAUGGACAUCCUGAUAAAAUUAUGUAUGACAUAACAUAUACUUCUGCUAGGUAA